GGGAAGAUGACAUCAGCGGCAGGUUGGAUUAUAAAGGCACCAGCCGAGCCACGGACUCAGAGCGCACCCAGCCGGCGCCCUGCAGCAGUGGGACCUGCGCUCGCCUAGCCAGCCUGCUCCGCAUCCGCCUGUCCGACUGCUCACCGGCCGUCCCGGCUGCAGACCGUCUGUACCCCUCGGCCCCAUCGGCACCAUGCACCUCUCCCAGCUGAUCGCCUGUGCCCUGCUGCUCACGCUACUCUCACUCCGGCCCUCCGAAGCCAAGCCCGGGACGCCACCGAAGGUCCCGCGAACCCCUCCUGGGGAGGAGCUGGCUGAGCCCCAGGCAGCCGGCGGCAAUCAGAAAAAGGGUGACAAGACUCCAGGCGCGGGGGGCGCCAAUCUCAAGGGAGACCGAUCGCGACUGCUCCGGGACCUGCGCGUAGACACCAAGUCCCGGGCUGCUUGGGCCCGCCUUCUGCACGAGCACCCUAACGCGCGCAAAUACAAAGGCGGCAACAAGAAGGGCUUGUCCAAAGGCUGCUUUGGCCUCAAGCUGGACCGGAUCGGCUCCAUGAGCGGUCUGGGAUGUUAGUGCAGCGACCCCUGGCGGCGGAUUGGGAACUGCUCCGAACACUGAGGUCAUCCCUGGUCAUCCGCCUCCAGCAUCUGGAAACACCUCCAACGCAAUGUGGCUUUUACAUUUCUCUUUAUUUUUUUCCUCCUGGUACUGGCAAUACACAACACCAGCUGUUUUAUUAUUAUUUGGGGAGGGGAGGGUAUGAUUUUAUUGUUUGGGGUUUUUUUUUGAAAAUGAAAAAUAAAAAGUUAUAUAUUA